AGUAUUGCUGCUUUCCCUCGUGCUCGCCGUGGGCAACGACGACAACCACCGGCCCACCCCCCUCCGACUCUCCUCAACGGCCCUGGUGAGCCUCUCUCGGCGCCGCCAUCUAUGAGCAGCUACUCCAGCCAGGGCCGUCAUAUGCAGCAACUCGCUGAUCCCUCCGCCUUAGCCUACAUGGCCUCGGAUUUUCCUCCCCCCCAGCCGCGCGAGCAGUCGCCCGCGUCUUCUCCUCGGAAUGGGUCCUUCCUUACCUCUCCCACCAGCAGUUCUCAGCCCCCAGAGCGAGCCAGAAUGCCGCACCGAGCCUCGACCGUCAGUACCCCUUACCACUCAGAUCAACAGCGAAAGUCCAGCCGCGAUGAUUACCCUCAUGCUCGGAGCGAGGAUCUCAACCACUCAAGCUCGAGCUCUCGGACUCUUGUCGCUGAUCCCGCCUCAUCCGACCCGUACUCGGCUCGCUCGCAGGGCUACUUGACUGCCAGUCGCCCAACUACUCCGGGGACGUCUAACUCUCAUAACCAAUCGUCUUCCGAUCACUCAGACAAUGGGAAGGGGCGACCGGGAAGCGUUCACUCCGACUCUUCUCUGCAUUCGUCGGGCUCUAAUCCUGGUGGAAGUGGUGGGACGGUGUCCGUGAUUAUCCUGCAUCGACCAGAACUCGUGCACUCUUGCGUCCGCACUCAGGAUUGUGGCACAGUUGUUGCUUCCAAGUUCUUUCCAAUCGAUGGGCCCGACGGCAAGCAGCACCCGCUAUGUGAGAGGGACUAUUUCCGGCGCCUCAAUCUCAUAUGUGCGAAGUGUGGCAUGGCUUUGCGGGGCAGUUACAUAACUGCGUGCAACAAAAAGUUCCAUGUCGAGCAUUUCUCGUGCUCUGUCUGCCCGACAUUGUUUGGUCCACAAGACUCGUAUUACGAGCACGAAGGGGAUGUCUACUGCCACUAUCACUACUCUACCCGGUUCGCGACGAAAUGUGCAGGCUGCAACAGCGCUAUCCUCAAACAGUUUGUCGAGAUCAAUCGCAACAUGCGGGACGAAUGCUGGCAUCCGGAAUGUUACAUGAUUAAUAAGUUCUGGAAUGUUAAAGUUGUCGCCCGUCGCCCUGCUUUGCCACCUAGUGGCGAUGACAGUGUACCAAACUCUGAGGAGCCGCCUUGGGUAGAGGAGGAGCGGACGGAAACAGCCGUAUCUCUGAAGGAUAAGCAGAUCCAAAUGGAACAGCAAGUGUAUCGGAUCUGGACCGUCCUUUCUGCGUUCGAGGAGUCGAGCGCAGCGUGUAUCUCUGACAUGUUGCGGCAAGUCAGCAAUGGCCAGUAUCUCGAGGCGAUCCGGAUGGCGGAGAAGUUCAUCCUCCAUGUAGAGGUGCUGUUUGCUACUAUCGACGACUUGGAGUGGCAUUUUGCGCGUCUAAAACAGAAGGGUAUGUCCCACGUACGCGAGGCUCGUAUGCUAUGUCGGAAGACCGUCGACCUGUUCACUCUUCUAUCACACACGCAAGAAACGGGGGCGCGUCGCAUGGGUAUGACGCAAGAGCUUCUUGCACUUGUCACCGGGUUGGCGCACUACCUUAAGAUACUGAUCCGCAUUGCCCUUACGGGCGCUCUCAAACUGGAACGAGAACAAAACGUCCAUGAGGCUCUCACCUCUUUCCUCGACAAGCUGCAUAUGCUGGCCGUGCAGGGCGGGAGCCCGAGCGCGAAGCGGAUGAUGAAACGGGCCAACGGCGAGCUCAUGAUGCCAGCGGAGGGUGAUGGCAACUUCGGCACGCAAGGCGUCACGUUUGGGUUCAGGAGCUUGGCCCCAGAGAACGCUGGCGAAUCACCGUUCGCGAGCGGGCCUCGAGAUCCUGGCUUGUCGAAGGUCAAUGUCGUCAAUCCGCCGUCUGAUCUGUGCGUGAAGUGCAGCCAGACCGUCGAGGAGGAUUGCGUGCGGCUAGGCACUUACCAGAGGUGGCAUUCACAUUGCGUACAAUGCUCCACUUGCGGAAAGACUGCCGCUGUCCCUGCCCCAAAGGAACCUGCUCCGCCGAAGUCUCAGGAUGAUAGGGACAAGGACAAGGACACCCCCAAGUUGUCGACAGCCCGGCGACCGCCUGCCAAUGUCGCUUUCUUCAUCUAUGAGGUUGACUCGGUGAAGGAGACGAGCUCUUUUGGCCCUGUACCCAUCGUCCUUUACUGCACCGAGCAUGGUCAUAGCGGCUGUCGAAGUGGGUUUCAGGCCGUCUCAAGGUUAGAGCAGUACGCUUUCCUGCUCAACGUGGCGCUUCGCCGAUUGUAUGUACUCCUGAAGAAGCGCGGCGUAGUCCAGCUUGCUCCUGCUCCGAGUCAAAUCGGAAACCACAGAGAAGACGAUCCUUACCGCGAUGCAGGCGAGAUCAACAGACUGAAGUCUGUACAUCUGGAUCGGAAGCUAUCUGCUACUGCUCGCGUGCCGAGGCGAUCGACAGUGGUCGAGAGUCCGACGGGCAAGGUUGCACAACCUGCAGAUGUCGUGACCACACAGCGACCACACGAACUUGUCCCAUCGCAUUCAUUCCGGGCAACACCUCACGGAGUCACACCUUCUCCAUCUAGGCAGCCACAACUACAAAGGUCGCCGCAGCAACUUUCACAACAACAACCCCCACAACAACAACCCUCCCAACAACCUUCGCGGAUACCUCCUGGCACCAUCGACACUAACCCGCAAGGGCAGGUCCUCAGACCUCCGUUCGCGCGCAAUAACACGGGUGUCAUGAUUGUUGAUGAUUCUGCACCAACAUCACCUACUGGAGGCGUCGACGAUCCCGUGGGUGGUAUCGAAGACGGUAUCACCCUGGCAGACAUCCCGCAAAUCGUGGAGGCCGCACAAGCGCGGGAGCAGCGCCGUUCACUUCCUCGUCAGAGCUCCAUCCCGUUCAUCGCCGAGCUCAAUACGCUAGAGCUUGCCGUCGUCAAACACUGCGCCGUGCUAGUGCUACAACGGUCCCCGCUUCGAGAUCAGUUUGACUUGGAGGAGAUCCUCGAGCUGGUAGAGAUGAAGAAGAGUACAUUCUGGAAUCGGCUGUUCAAGCCGGGCAACGACAAAAAGAACGUCAAGAAGAAAGGCAUCUUCGGCGUACCGCUGGAACUUCUCGUCGAAAGGGAGGGUGCGGAGUCACUGCUUGGGGCGUCGCGUGCAGCGGUCAAGAUACCUAGCUUCGUUGAGGAUGUCAUCUCGUCCAUGCGGCAAAUGGAUAUGUCUGUCGAGGGUAUCUUCCGGCGAAAUGGCAACAUCAGGCGACUCAAUCAGGUGAUCGAAGCGAUCGACCGGGAUCCUUCUUCCGUAGACUUUACGCAAGAUAAUCCGGUGCAACUGGCUGCUUUGCUGAAGAAGUUCUUCCGCGAACUGCCGGAUCCGUUGAUGACAUUCAAGCUGCACAAGUUGUUCAUAGCGUCGCAGUCUUUGCCCACUGAGCAAGAACGUAACCGGAUGCUACAUCUAAUCUCGCUCAUUCUACCGAAGGCUCAUAGAGACACUAUGGAAGUCUUGUUUGUAUUCUUGAAGUGGGUUGCCAAGAUGGACUUGCCCAACUUGGCGACUCUUCGGAGCGAUCCGAGUAUCACUGCUCUCCUAGAGAAUCAGGAUGAGUUCUAUUUCGUACCCCAAGAAUUCCUCCCGAUUCUGCAAGACCAGGACUAUUUCGCCAACAGCCUGGAUCUGCCUAGCAAGGAGUUCCUCAAGAAGUGCGAACCAUCAGCACCUUUCAACCCGGGCACGCCACGCCCCGAAGACAUGCGUUCCAUGCCCCCAAGAGCGCAAACGAACCCUCAGUUCCAGGACCGGCCGCCGCUGGUGUCUUCGCCAUCGGAUAACCCAAUUCGCAACGGUCAGCCGCAGUCACGACAGCCGCCGUCUGCCCCUGCAUUGCAGCACUCAUCGUUCUCAUAUCCACUGCCCUCGGGUGCGCCACCACCGUCGACAUCGCAAGCGCAGCCCAACGACGAAGACUGGUCACCGCCAGAGCGCCAGCCGUUCAUCGGGCAAGUACCCAGUCGGCCGGCAUCUAUGUCGAACUCGUACGUACCCCCGCGGAGCAGCGGCGAAGGGGCACAUCCUUUCAUUCCAAACGGACACCCGCAGCCCGCAGUGCGGCAGCGAAUAUGACUAUCAUAUGGCUUUCGUGGUUGGUAUAUAUCAUGUGGCAUCGCUAUUAUCCUGUUGCAUUUUUCACCUUCACGUAUCUGUACUUCACCAUACUUCAUCCGCUAAGUCUAUAACACGGACCAACCAUUAUACCCUCGAGCCGGCCGCUAGGGCAAUGGAUAUCAGCUGCAUGACACUCUUCUCCCUCCGGGUCCUAAUGCUUCGAUCAGCUCAAUGGUGCACAUCCGUAACGUCUGCCAGUCCCCAGACGGCAUGUAGCAUUAGUAGCAAUCCCAAUGUCCCGCAUUGUGCUGCUUCGACCUCUCUAACUUCAACUCGUUGUCGACUCGGCAAGACCUGAUCGAUUCGGAGCCGACCAACUAAUGUCAC